UCAGCCCUCGGCGGCGCCCGGCGGGGAAGGGUGGGAGGCCCGCGGCGGUCUCGGGGCCAAAGAGCCCCUCGGCGUCUCCGCCCCCCGAGAAAUCCCGCUUGGGGCGCGGUGCGCGCAGCUGCCGGGGAUUCCCGGUGGCGCCGGUCGGAGCGGCUCCCUCCAGGGCUCUGCCCGCGGGGCGCGCGGCCCCGGGCAUCCUUUCCUGGUGUUUAAUGCGUUUUGGCUUCAGGACUUGCCGAGGCCGAAGCCGGCUCCGCCCUGGGCCCUGAAGUCGGGCGGUGUAGGCGGUGUACCUCCGCACCUCCGGGGCAGGUGGCCAGAGGCGGCGUUGAAAGCUACUUGCCCAAGGUCAAGCAGGUGGCACCGGGGAGGCGACCAGACCCAGGUCUUUCGACGCCGAGGCCAACUGCCAACCGCAGAGCUUUGGGGCCGUCCUGAGUGGUUUGUGUGUAAUGUUCAAGCUCAGCAAUGCCUUAUGUGGAUCGUCAGAAUCGCAUUUGUGGUUUUUUAGACAUUGAAGAAAAUGAAAACAGUGGGAAAUUUCUUCGAAGGUACUUCAUACUGGAUACCAGAGAAGAUAGUUUCGUGUGGUACAUGGAUAAUCCACAGAACCUACCUUCUGGAUCAUCACGUGUUGGAGCCAUUAAACUUACCUACAUUUCAAAGGUUAGCGAUGCUACUAAGCUAAGGCCAAAGGCGGAGUUCUGUUUUGUUAUGAAUGCAGGAAUGAGGAAGUACUUCCUACAAGCCAAUGAUCAGCAGGACCUGGUGGAAUGGGUAAAUGUGUUAAACAAAGCUAUAAAAAUUACAGUACCAAAGCAGUCAGACUCACAGCCUAAUUCUGAUAACCUAAGUCGCCAUGGUGAAUGUGGGAAAAAGCAAGUGUCUUACAGAACUGAUAUUGUUGGUGGCGUACCCAUCAUUACUCCCACUCAGAAAGAAGAAGUAAAUGAAUGUGGUGAAAGAAUUGACAGAAAUAAUCUGAAACGGUCACAAAGCCAUCUUCCUUACUUUACUCCUAAAGCACCUCAAGAUAGUGCAGUUAUCAAAGCUGGAUAUUGUGUAAAACAAGGAGCAGUGAUGAAAAACUGGAAGAGAAGAUAUUUUCAGUUGGAUGAAAACACAAUAGGCUACUUCAAAUCUGAACUGGAAAAGGAACCUCUUCGCGUAAUACCACUUAAAGAGGUUCAUAAAGUCCAGGAAUGUAAGCAAAGUGACAUAAUGAUGAGGGACAACCUCUUUGAAAUUGUAACAACAUCUCGAACUUUCUAUGUGCAGGCUGAUAGCCCUGAAGAGAUGCACAGUUGGAUUAAAGCAGUCUCUGGCGCCAUUGUAGCACAGCGGGGGCCCGGCAGAUCCGCAUCUUCUGAGCAUCCCCCCGGUCCUUCAGAAUCCAAACACGCUUUCCGUCCUGCCAACGCAGCCGCCACCACCUCACAUUCCGCAGCCUCUCGCAGCAACUCUUUGGUCUCAGCCUUUACCAUGGAGAAGCGAGGAUUUUAUGAAUCUCUUGCCAAGGUCAAGCCAGGGAACUUCAAGGUCCAGACUGUCUCUCCAAGAGAACCAGCUUCCAAAGUGACUGAACAAGCUCUGUUAAAACCUCAAAGUAAAAAUGGCCCUCAGGAAAAAGAUUGUGACCUGGUAGACUUGGAUGACGCGAGCCUUCCGGUCAGUGACGUGUGAGGCAGAAGUGCACGGAGCCUGCUGCCUCUGCUGUCCUCAGUUUCCUUUCGUGAGGCUUCUAGCCAAAGAUGGUAAAGGGGAAAAUGGUUUUUAGUGCGUAUAUUAUACUGCCUCUUAGGUGUACUCUUUAUAAGCUGGUAAACCAAGAAUCUAGGGAGUGGCCAAACUAAAUAUAAUUUCUUUAAAAAAGAAAGAAAAGGAAAAAUCCAAAAUAUCUCAGUAUCAUCUGUCUGAAGCAUUGCGUGUUCUCAUUCGGGUGGUAACAAUGUAUGUGUAAUAUUUUUUUCCUAGUGAUUUUGACAAUUUAAAUGUUUAACAACUUAAAACAUUAAAAAUGCUUAUUAAUAACUUUGGUCAUUUAAAAAAUGCUACCAUGACUUCCUAUUAAAGGUUCAAUAUUUACACAUUGUUAUUGGUCAAUAUUACCACAUGAAAUAUUGCCAAACCAAGAUACCUAAACUCAUGAUGUCUGUGGUGCUGUAAAAUUUAUACAACAAUGUGGAUGAUUUUGAAAUUAUAACCAUUUUUGAUGCCCUGAAUCUUGAGGUGACUUAUUUUGCAUAGAGGAUAUUAUUAGACCAACAGUAAGGGUUGUGGGUUAUAUCAACAUAGAGAAAAGAAGAAAACUAGAAUUCAAACAACUGUGUCUUAGACAUUUGUUUGAAAAAGCUUCAUCAGGCCUUGGAGCAGUCAGUGCUUUUAUUCAGCAAAAAUUAUUUGGUAGGAAAUUUUUGGGAGAUCUGAUUUUCUUAUCAAAGUUUUGUAAAUAGUUCUUAUUUCUAUAUUUGGAUUGGUGAAAGACCUCAAGUUUAUAUGUAAAGACAUAACUGCCCUUAGUCAUGAAAUUGUUGUGACCUCUACUUUCUGUCACUAAUAGCCUAUAUUCAAGUGCCUGUGUUUUUUCAUCUUGUUUAGGAAUGUUUUGAGAUUAAUGUGCUUAAAAGUCCUACGUGACUGGUUUUAAACAUUGGGAUAAAAUUAAUUUUCAGUAGAAUAGUUUAAUGUGUUAAAUAAGAUAGCAUUUUAUGUUAGAGAUACCAGAAUGCUGGUAUUCUACUACCUGUGCAAUAUAUUUGUUUUAAAAAACAAAUUCGAGAAUACAUUUAAUCAUAGGGAUAUAGAUAUAAGCACCUCUCUAAAGAAUCUUUAGUUUCUGGUGUUGAAUUAUAGACCAGUUUGAGUAAGUACCGUGUGGUUUUUUUUUUGAGAUGGACUCUCGCUCUGUUGCCCAGGCUGGAGUGCAGCAGCGUGAUCUCAGCUCACGACAACCUCCGCCUCCUGGGUUCAAACAAUUCUCCUGCCUCAGCUUCCCGAGUAGCUAGGAUUACAAGUGCAUGCCAUCACACCUGGCUAAUUUUUGUAUUUUAGUAGAGAUGGGGUUUCACCGUGUUGGCCAGGCUGGUCUUGAACUCCUGACCUCAGGUGAUCCACCUGUCUCAGCCUCCCAAAGUGAUGGGAUUACAGGUGUGAGCCACCACACCCGACCCAUAAGUAUCGUGUUUGAGGUUCAGUCUUAAACAUUUGCUUUAAGAAAACAGUCUUGAAUUUCACAUGCUGCUAUUUUUAUAUUUUGCCAUUUUACAGUACUGUUUUGUUUUGAAUUCAUACAUAUCACUGAAAAUUUCUCGUUUUCAUUUUCUUAGAUGACUUCUUGUCUGAGACAGAAAAACUUUCCUACUACAGCAGUGGGGUCCAGAGGUUAAGAUAUAUUAGAAUUAUACAGUAUCGGUUUAAAAAUCUGUAUGCAUAAAGAAUGCACCACUCAACUUUUUUAUUCAUAAGCUAAUAUUUUUUUAAAGUUAUAUUAAGGUUUUUUCUCUUUUGCAGCUACAUUUGAAAGUGAUAGCAUAAAGAGAUUUUAAUGAGUUAUCACUUUUUCUGCUGAUAUAUUCAUUAUAAUGGCUUUUUUGAAAGUUCCUUUUUCAUGAACACACCCGAGAAAUCUUAAAUAUAGACACUUUGCAAUAUUUCUAAUGCUGUUUAAUUUUGGUACAGCUUCCACAUUGCAUGUUCAUUUUAGCACAUUUUGGUAUUUGCAAUUUGAUAUAUUUCAUGGUGGCAAAAUAUUAGCUCUAUUUUGGGACAUUUAAAAAUAGAACUAUCCUUGUUCAAUAGCAUAGGAAAAUGUUCUUGUGAUUGUCAGGGUUUCCUAAUAUUUAUCUCAAUUCUUUUAUAAGUCUAUGGAAACUAUUUAAUUAUUUUCAAACGUACACACUUUUCUUGUAAAUAUGUCACAUCUGAGUUCAAAAAAAAUACUUUGAAUACCUUAAUAUUUGCUGCAUUUUUUUUCUGUAUAUAUAACAUGUCUUCUUUCAGAAUGGGAAUAUAUGUGUGCCUCCCAACAUUUACUGUUAAAGUCUGUUAUCUUUAUAUGUCAAACUGGUUGAACACUGUAAUGACUUGAGAAUAAACUGCACAGAGUUUAUUCUGA